AUGUCAUCAACUCAUUUCUUCACGUACGACAUGGCCCGCAUACUACAUUUGAUUUGUGCUUGCUUUUCUCUUGCCUCCGCUCUUGUUCCCGUUCCUGUUAGCGUUCGGGAUCCCGGACAUCAUUUUCAGUGGGGAAACCUUACAUCACAAAUCGAUCUUCACUAUCAAGAAUGUUACUCGGAUUUUGAAUGUGCUCGACUGACGGUUCCGUUGGAUUGGAAGAAUUCGUCAAGUCCUCACAAUGUAUCGCUCGCUGUAAUACGACUACCUGCUACAGUCCCCGCCUCUCAUCCCAAUCACGGUGGCACUAUCGUGAUCAAUCCUGGAGGGCCUGGAGGAAGUGGAGUGGACUGGUUGCUUCAAGUUGGAAAACGAAUGCAACGUCUUCUCGAUGGAGAGCGACAUUACGAGAUACUCUCCUUCGACCCGAGAGGCAUAUUCCGAUCGACACCGAACGCCUAUUGCUUUGACAACGCUGUCCAAAGUGAGAUAUGGUACGACACUAAGGCUGCUGUCGGCACUCUCGAUUCGAGUGAAUAUGCCCUCAAAUUCUCGUGGGCCAGUGAAAAGGCACGCGGUCAACUAUGUGCUAGCACAGGAAAUGGAAAGUACCCGGAUGGCGAGAACUUACGGCAGCAUGUUUCGACCGCAUCUGUUGCCAGAGAUCUACUCGCAAUUGUGAAGAAGAUCGACCAACAAAGACUGGAAGCCAUGACUGAAUCUACUCCGCGUGAGAACCAAGUCCCACUGGACGGCUCAGCAAAGCCAAUCGCGAAAUUACAAUACUUCGGACAGUCUUAUGGCACUUUCCUCGGCACAACCUUCGCCGCGAUGUACCCGGAGAUGGUUGGAAAGAUGGUGUUGGAUGCCAACCUAGACGCAGAAAACUGGCAAAGUAAAUGGGAGGCGUCAAUUGAUGACCACGCCGAUAUACGGGCUUUCUUCUUCGAACGGUGUUUCGCCGGCGAACAUGACUGCGCUCUCUACCGGGAGCACGAUAAGACACCGGGCGAUAUCCAAGAUCGUUUCGAGAAUCUCCUCAUAGCUCUCGAGGACUCUCCUUCAUGCCUGAGUGGCGACGGGCGGGCAAUGCCCAUUACAAGUUCUGACGUUCUACAAGGAUUCUUCACCACCGCGUAUCAGCCUUUGUUCUUCUUCAAGCCGUUCGCCAAGUUUACAAACGACCUCAUCGUUGGUAACAAGCCUGCUACUCCGUUCUGGCAUCGCGCAGUUCCCACUGAAGAUACAUUCUCGGACGAGUUGCUCACAAAUACAUACCAAGGCGGCGAAGUGUCUCCGGCUGUCCAUUGCUCUGACGGACCUGAUCUAUCGAACGAAGGCCUAGAUGGUUUUAGGACAUACCUUAGCAACCUCACCGCACGUUUUGGAUGGGCAUCAUCGUAUCAAGCCGACUUCAAACUUGCUUGUUGGUCAUGGAGUCCGUCGCUAAGGACUAAGUGGAGAUUUGACGGACCUUUUACUGCGUCAGUUCCGAUCUUGUUUGUCAACAAUGCCUUGGACCCAGUAACGCCUUUGAAGAACGCCCACAAGAUGGCAGCCGGGUUCGAAGGGAGCGCUGUGCUGCAACAAGACUCGGUCGGCCACGGAAGUUUAUGGCCCGCUGGGGAUUGCAUGUGGUCGCAUGUCAAAACGUACGUGGAUACAGGCAAAUUGCCUCCUCCAGAUAUAAUAUGCGAGCCCCGUUGCAAACCAUUUGGAGAAGAGUGCACGGAUUAUGAUGGCGAGAUGGAGGCUAUGAUGUGGCGCUGA